UAUAUUAAUUUUUGUGCCCAAUAUUCGCUUUUUAGCGAUGGCGUUGAGUAGUUACAUCGAACAAAAGCAAUAAACCGUGUAUGAAGUUAUGCAUUGAAUGUAACUUUGGCUAAAAUGUAUGUUAUUUGAGAGACAAUGAGCGAUAGUGCCGCCGAAUGCUCUGAAACAUUAGAUCCUCGAGUACAGAUUGAGUUGGAGAGGCUUAACACAGCAACAGAUGAAAUAAACAGACUUGAAGUUGAGUUAGAUGAGGCACGUCUUGCCUUCCGUCGACUGCUCGCAGAAGGCCACUUGAGAAUACAGCAGCUAACUAAGAAACUUGGCACAAGUGUUCAUAAAGCACGGCCUUAUUAUGAAGCUAGGUUUAGAGCUAAUAUUACCUCGCAGGAGCUGCAAACAGCCAAUCUCGCAUAUGACAAGGCAAACAGUGCCCAUGCAGCUGCUCGUGAAAUGGUCUACUUGGCAGAACAGGGCUUGGCAAGACUCGCAGAGGGUUCAGGUGGCCUCACACUUGAUCCCGCCUGGCAGGAGAUGCUCAAUCAUGCAACCCAUCGUGUUAACCAGGCCGAGUCAGACCGUGCGUGUGCCACGGUGACGCAGCGGUCUAAAGCCGCGACACACAGGGCGGCAGCUACGCUAGUGCAGCAGCUGCAGAAUGGCUUAAAACGACACAUAGCCAAGUCAAGACCCUAUUUUGAGGAGAAGGCCCGCAUAAAUGCCGCACUGGAGGCUCAGAAGGCAAGGAUCCAGGCUUUAGAGGAGCAAGUCGCUGAAGCUAAGCAGAAGUAUUCGACAGCUCUCAGGAACUUGGAGAGGAUAUCUGAUGAAAUACAUCGACAUAGAUCUAGAAGACAGUCUACCAAGAAUGACAUAGACCGUUCAACAAUAACGGACACAGCGAGCGAGUCGAACGCGAGCGAGACGCUGGAGGAGCUGUGCGCGCACAAUAACGAUGAAAACGUGCGCGAGUGGCUGCGCAGAGCGGACCGCAGCGACCCCGACACCUGGACCGAGAUCGACCUUGACUACUCCAGCCCCGAGGAGAUAAGUUUCGAAAAAUGUUCGCUACGUCCGCGGUCGUCCCCGGACAAGUCUCCCCCCAGCCCCCCCUCGUGCCGCGCGUCGGCCGCCUCCCCGCGCCGCAUCAUCCAGCGCGCGCGGGACGCGCGGGACGCGCGGGACGCCGCCCUGCGCGCGCACCUGCAGCACGGGCGCCGGCCCAGCCUCGACGCGCUGCUGCACGACACCGGCGAGAAGGUCAAGGAAAUGUUCCAGGGGCUGUCGCUGUUCGGCGAGCGGCGCGGCUCGGGCUCGGCGCCGCGCAGCCCGCGCGCGCGCCGCUCGCCCGCGCCCGACGCCGCGUCGUCCGCCUCCGACGAGCGCUACUCCGACACCGACAGCCUGCCCAGCGUGGAGAUGCUGACGGACGAUCAGAUAGCGUCGCUGAUGCUGGACGCGCAGCUGGAGGCGGUCUGCGAGCGGCUGGCCGGCGUGUCGCGCUCGCCGCACUCGCCCGAGGCGCGGUUUUGAACCUUCCCGCUCUACAAUAAGAUAACAAAUACUUGAAUAAGAAAUUGUAUUGUUGCGGUAGCGGUGAGGGGUUGAAUAACCCAAGAUGAUGAUGAGUUUCGAAGGUGUCGAAAACAAAAGAUGCAGUAGGUUCUCAAUUCGAAUUGCAUGUAAUGUCUUAAGUGAAUGUACUGGCAUCGAGGAGAAGGGGUACGGGUACAAUAUUUAAAUUUAACCAAUCGUGGCCCAUGAAAGGUGUGACGUUGUUUGGUAUGAGGUAUGUAGCUGUGUAUCCCGUACCCGAGAUGUCGCUACCCGUUCUAAGCUUGAGAGGACGUAUGAACAAGUAUAAAAGAUUAAAUUUCGUUUUUUUUUUUUAUGUCUUCACAAUAUAAUGAGUUGCAACUUCAGAGCGAGAAUGUUACUUUGCGCCUAAAUACAAUAUUACAGAUAAUAAAAACUAUGGAAUUAUUUAGAUAUUUUUUUCAGAGAAAUUUGAACUAACGACUAGCUGCAACUUCAGGGCGGUAAUUUUUAUAUUGUGUCAAUUAAUACUAUUAUAAAACUUUUAUAACUUAACCAAUUGAUAUAUAAAAACUUUUUUGUU